ACGCGGAUGAGUGCGUAUGUAGGCAUUCUGCUGGAGAUGUUUUACGAAACUUUAAGGAUGAUAUGCCUUGGAUGUUUCCUGUUGCUCUGUGGGCUUACGCAUGUCAUGGCAAGCUAUCCCAUCUGGUGGUCACUAGCAGUUGGCCACCAGUACUCAUCACUGGGUACUCAACCUAUCCUUUGUGGCAGCAUACCGGGUCUGGUGCCGAAGCAGCUGCGUUUCUGCCGGAACUAUGUGGAAAUCAUGCCAAGUGUGGCUGAGGGGGUGAAGAUUGGCAUCCAGGAGUGCCAGCACCAGUUCAGAGGCAGACGCUGGAACUGCACCACAAUCAAUGACAGUCUGGCCAUUUUUGGGCCAGUGUUAGAUAAAGCCACUCGAGAGUCAGCUUUUGUUCACGCUAUUGCCUCAGCGGGAGUGGCAUUUGCGGUGACCCGUGCCUGUGCUGAGGGUUCAGCCACCAUCUGUGGAUGUGAUACACGUCACAAAGGCCCCCCUGGUGAGGGCUGGAAGUGGGGUGGCUGCAGCGAGGAUGUGGAGUUUGGGAGUAUGGUAUCUCGGGAGUUUGCUGAUGCGAGAGAGAAUCGUCCUGAUGCACGCUCAGCAAUGAACCGCCAUAACAACGAAGCAGGGAGAAUGUCUCUCAACGACAACAUGUUUCUGAAGUGUAAGUGCCAUGGACUCUCCGGCAGCUGCGAGGUCAAGACAUGCUGGUGGUCUCAGCCUGACUUCCGAGUUGUUGGCGACUACAUGAAGGACAAGUAUGACAGCGCUUCUGAGAUGGUGGUUGAGAAACAUAAGGAGUCCCGUGGAUGGGUGGAGACCCUCAGACCCAAAUACAACUACUUCAAACCCCCUACAGAGCGUGACCUGGUUUACUAUGAAAGUUCACCCAAUUUCUGUGACCCCAAUCCUGAGACUGGCUCCUUUGGCACCCGGGAUCGCAUCUGCAACCUGACGUCCCAUGGCAUAGAUGGGUGUGACCUCUUGUGCUGCGGCAGAGGUCACAACACACGGACUGAGAAAAGAAAGGAGAAGUGUCACUGUAUUUUCCACUGGUGCUGCUAUGUCAGCUGUCAGGAGUGUGUGAGGGUGUACGACGUGCACACCUGCAAAUAGAGAUGUUCUCAUUUUUUCUCACCAAAACAUAGUGACUUCAGUAGGCUGAAGAACAAAUGCAGAUUCUUACCUACAAGACCUGAGAGACUGUAAUGCUCUCUGACAUGUCCACGAUCAAAGACACAACUGCCUUGUGUUUUUUGAUGCUGCAAAGAGUGAGUCUCUGCAUAAAUUAACUGAAACAACCAAGUAGAUGUCAAAGUCUGCGAGCAUCACCCUUAUGGACUGACAGUUGUGAUGAUGGCCAUAAUGUUGAUAUCUGUAGCGAGUACAAAAAAAAGUGUUGAUGUAGGAAAGGAGAAUUCUUGGCUAAUUGACAAACACCAUAUUGGUGAUUUUUUUUUUUUUUUUUUUUGUCUCAGUGUAGUUACUUUUGUCGAGAGUAGUCCAGCACUGCCAAUGCUUUCAAGUCUGUGAGGCAAAAAAAAAGACAUUUCAUUGAAAGUGAACGUUUCCUUCAAUGUUUAAUCAUCACUUGUUCUUGCAGUGAAACGUAACAAGAGUUGUGAGCAGUUGACACGAUCAGACACUCAGCAGCAUGUAUUCACCUCCUCAAUAUGACUACUUUAUGUGUGUAUUUCCGAAAACUAACACUAUCGUUGUGUGUGUGAGUAUUUCUUUUCAAAGUGUUAUAUGUUUCUGAUGUUUGGGUAAGAAUGCACUUGCACCUGAGUGAAUGUAGUCGUUUGCUGUGUUUACAUUCUCAAAUUCGUAAGCUAACCAGUUAAUAUCUGCUUUAAACCACUAAUCUUAUUUGAGAGUAGACAGGAAGCCACAUCCGCUGAACAUCAGCAAAACGAGAGUACACGCAGUCUGCACACUUCCUGAAACGCCAGAAAACACCUGGAUCAAAACGUCACCAAGAGUUAUGACCAAAGAUGAGAAAAGAAACCCCCUGCUUGAGGCUGUGAUAGUCAGAGAGCCGUAACUGAGAGUGAAAGGUCAGCACUUGUGUCCCUUUAAUAAAUAUGAAGCAUGUUCUCCUUGUUUUUAACAGUAUUAGCAAUGUGCCACGUGACUCGGUGUGGGGAAAGUUGUUAUUUAUGAAAGGUGUAGUCCCUUUUUCUCAUAUAAUAUUCUUUUACUUUGAUAUUUAAUCAAAUGAAAGUGUACUCCCUGGUAAACAAAACAGAAAUGGUAAAUUAAAAAAAAAAAAAAAAAAAAAAAAA